AGAAUGACAGGCCGCGGCAAGGGAGGAAAGGGGCUCGGCAAGGGUGGCGCCAAGCGGCACCGCAAGGUGUUGCGCGACAACAUCCAGGGCAUCACGAAGCCCGCGAUCCGCCGCCUGGCGCGCAGGGGCGGCGUGAAGCGCAUCUCUGGUCUGAUCUACGAGGAGACGCGCGGAGUGCUGAAGGUGUUCCUGGAGAACGUGAUCCGCGACGCGGUGACGUACACUGAGCACGCCAAGCGCAAGACUGUGACGGCCAUGGACGUGGUGUACGCCCUGAAGAGGCAGGGGCGCACCCUGUACGGUUUCGGCGGUUAGGCGGUGUGAGACCGAAGGAAGGAAA